ACAGAGAAAACAAGAGUUUGCCCGCCUUCUAUUUACUGCUGGCAGAAAAGACAGACUGUAAGAGAAACUGAAGUGAAACUCACAAAUGUUAUAUAUUUCGCUCUCUCAAGGUAUAAGGAUUUCUUUAGAACAGGUUUGUGACUGAAGAAGAAACUGUGAAAGAUGGAGUCCUCAUCUGGAAGCAAGCAAGCACAGUCGGACACAACUCCUCAAUCCAGAGAAUAUAAAUUAGUGAUGCUAGGUGCAGGCGGUGUUGGGAAAAGUGAGGAUGCGUACAAGGUACAGAUCCGAAUUGACGAUGAGCCUGCCAAUUUGGAUAUUCUGGAUACAGCAGGACAGGCUGAAUUUACGGCAAUGAGGGAUCAGUACAUGAGGGCAGGAGAAGGCUUCAUCAUCUGUUACUCUAUCACAGACCGCCGCAGUUUCCAUGAGGCACAUGAGUUCAAACAGCUUAUUUUCCACGUGCGACAUACAGAUGACACUCCAGUGGUACUUGUAGGAAAUAAAUCAGAUCUGUCACAUCUGCGACAGGUUUCCAAAGAAGAGGGGGCUACAUUAGCCAGAGAAUUCAACUGUCCAUUUUUUGAGACAUCAGCAGCUUACAGGUAUUAUAUUGAUGAUGUGUUUCAUGCUGUUGUACGAGAAAUACGAAAAAAGAAGGAAGCAAAGCUUGCCAUGGAGAAGAAGUCCAAGAGGAGGACUAGCAUAUGGAAGAGAUUAAAGUCUCCCUUCAGAAAGAAGAAGGACUCUGUCACAUGAAUGCCUACCCAAUCAAUCAAAAUUGUGGGACUGAAGCAACCUAGCUACAUUAUUUUAUUUUAAAGCACAGACCAAGUUUGUGGGUUGGGGGGAAGGCCAAGGGAGUUAGCGUUGCCAAAAAGAGCCUAUUAUGACUCACUGCCUUUCUAGGUGCUGGUUUUGAAUCCUCUGUUUAAGAAUGGGGAUUUUAGAUAGGUUUUUAUGUCUUAGCAAACAGUAUGAAAUGAAGGCUUACUUUUAAGUAGAACUCGACCCUCAUAUAUCUGAAAGCAUAUCUGUAAGGAGUGGCACACUGCCAUUUGAGGAAGCUUUGCUUUCAUCAAAAAAGUAUAAAUAGCUCAAAGAUACGCUAAUGAGAAAAUGAAAGGUUUACUUAACUUUUCUAAAUGAUCCUAUAUUGUUUUGCUGUUCCCCUGAAAAGUUCUUCAAGCUGUCUGAGAUAGGUUUCUACCAUUCUCUUGUAGAUCUACGCCCAGUGCUACUAACCCUGUCCAAAAAGUGUAGUUAGUUAUUGUGAGGUCCAUUUGUGAAGCUGGGGUGAACCAUGAAAGAUAGGAUGGAUUUGUUUUACUUUUGGUAAUCUGAAGUAUAAGUCAUAUUUCUGACUUUUGUUAUUUACAUAACAGUAAAAGGGGGGAUAUUAAAUCAUAUGCACUUGAAGUUGAUAACUGACUGAAGACAGAUUCAGUACUUAAUGUGUUGCCAUGGUAACCCUACUUCUUUUUUCUUUAGAUUAAUUUGCUAUGACUCUCUGUAUCACCUGAUGACAAACUGGCGAGUGUUCCUGGAUUAUAACAAUAGGCAGAGAGAAUCUGUUCUUGAAAAUCAUUAGGUAAUAUCCGUACUGCUCAGUGAAUGUGAAGCUUGGUUUGCUAAACAGACGCCACAAGCUUGGUGAAAGCAUGGAUAAUUUGAUGAACACCAAUAAUAUAAAUAAUAGUCAUCGUCCCCACUUUCUGUAUCUUUAGGGGAACAAAAGAAAUUCACAAAGUAGGGUGAAAAAAAUUAACGUGGAUUCAGAAGCCAGAAUUAAUGCGUGCAAGGAUAGCGUAUGAAUGAUCAUAGCAUUUGUGCAUUCAUUAGGUUAAAUGGCUGUACAAAACAUAAAGAGAAAACCUCUUAUCCCAGUGUUAGUUUGAAAGAGUAGCAGCCUACGAGAGCCACAACUGUUUGCUGUUUCAUCUCGAUGAUAUGCUCAGCGAUAUCUUGUGCAGUACUGAUCUGCCUGUAACAUGGCUGACAGCAGUAAGAAAAAAGCAAAAAAAGCAAAAAGUGUUGAUGAAUCUGCUUCAGCAGGUAAAGCUGAGAGCUUCCUCACAGGGAGUGCUGCAUUUUCUGAAGUAAGAGAUGUUAGGAUCUAUCGAUUGUAGAUGCUCUGAAUGCAGAUAUAUUCAUAGGAUUUUUUUUUUAAUUUAAAGAUGUUAUUGACUGACUUAAAUGUAUAAUGAAUCAAUGAAUCCAAAAUAUGACUGUGCUGAGUUGAUAAUAAUGCAAAUUUUGAUGUUAAAAACAGCAAAACUGCUUGCUCAGAAUCAUAGUUCUUAGAUUGCAAUGUGUAGGUGAAUACACUGUUAAAAUCAGAGUUGGACUUUCCUAAUCUGUUGACAUGUGCUUUGAUAUCCACCCCCUUUUUGUCCUUGGGCACAAAAGACAGAACCUGCACAUAAUGGUGCACUCACUAAACAUAAACUGCAUUCCUGAUAACUGAAUGCUUUAUUAGUAUAAUAUAUGUUCUUGUGGUUUUAACUGUGAAAAUGGCACUAUUUUAAUUGUCCCCCCCCCAAAAAAAAAUAUCAUUAAACUUUCUGCAAGUUGCUUAGUGUAGGGCUUAUAUCAAUAAGUAGGUGUAUUAGGCUUGAUGGCAGUCUGAAAAGCAAUUUCCUACAUACCAACAAUAAAUGUGUGCCAUCCCUAAGUACAUUACAGACGAAAGCACCCUGCUUUCCCCAUAUCAGGGGUACUACAUCACAGAUAACAUGAUACUGUGCACUACUGUUCUAAAAGAGAGCAGUGCUGAUAGGACUUGACUUUAUUAUUUUCUUUCCUUUUGUUUUAUUUAUUGAAUUACUUUUUUGUUCAUGCUUAGAUAAUAGGGGUUUGUGUUGUUGUUUUUUUUUUUUUUAAGACUGGCCAGCAGCAAGAUUUUGCUUGUACAGAACUGACACUGCUGUAAGACUGGAUGUUUAACUGGCAUUAAACGAUUUGUUUAGGCCCACUAAGAUUUCAGAUUAAAAUAAAUUUAGGGGGUAACUAAUUAAUGUUUAAGCUUCAUGUGUAUGCUGAUACCCAAGUAGAAUUUUUACACAAGGCAUAGUUAAUGUUAAAACAAAAAACACACAGUAGCAAGCUCCAUACCUUUUUGAUAGUCCAGGAUAUAUGAAAUAACUGUUGAAAUACCACAGCACAAACAAUUCCACAAGACGUUCAGGCUCCAAACGUUUUUUAAUAGUCCAGGAUAUAUGAAAAAACUGAAAAUGCCACAGCACAAACAAUUCCACAAGUUAAGCGCUUUCACUUAGGUCUAUCUCAAGCUUCAUCAGAACAUGAAAUAAAACCAAUUAGCCACUUUUAAACAAAAUUCAAAAAUUGUCAGCCAAUGGUACCAUCUCAUGCAUAAUUAAUUAAAUAAAUUCAUUUCCCUGCAUUAUUUAAAGCCAUAGUAAAAUAUAUGCUGUAGUAAACCCUUGUGUUAAAACAGUAACAAGAAAAAUAAAGACACAUAUUCUAGCUGCCAUAGUAAAAUACAUGCUGUCAUAAAUCCUUAUUUUAAAACAAUAACAGUCACAAUGAACACAUAUGCUCUUUCCUUUUCUAAUGUUUAGCUGCCCUUAAUUUAAGGACACUGUUAAUACUAACAUGGUCAUUCAGUCCCGAUUUUUUAGUUGAAUCCAGCCUAAGCUGCCAGUAUAC